AUGUCGCUAUCCCGUCAUACUCUCAAGCAGGUGAAGUUCAUCCUCCCUGGAGCAUUCAUCACAUAUUACCUGGGCAGUCACGUCGAGGUCUGGAAACUUGUGACCGGAGAUGCGGGCGUGGAUGGCUGGGGACGGAUUGCAGCACUAGGAUCACUGGUGUCCGCAAUCAUUACCGUGUCCUUAUUUGUCUAUAUCUUGGUGAUCCCUCUGAUUCAAGGAGAACACCCCGAUUAUCGUCGCUGGAGAGAGUCUGGUUUACUUUCUUGUGUGAUCCCGGUUCUGACUGCUUCCAUUAUCGUGGGGUGGUCAUUACUCUCAUAUACCUUGGGCCGAUGGUCAAACUUGGGAUAUCUCGAAGGAGUCAUAGCAGCCUCUGGCCUUUAUGCGCUCUCGUUCGGACUGUUGGGUCUUAUCCCUGCCCCGAAGGUGUCGCGACGGUAA